AUGACUUCAAAGCCAUAUCCAUGCCCAGUAUGCAACAAGUCAGCCUUUGCUCGUCGCUCAGAUUUAGUACGCCAUAUGCGUAUUCAUACAAACGAAAGACCUUUCGUCUGUCACAUAUGUGGUAAAAGCUUCAUACAACGUUCUGCUUUGAAAGUCCACUGGAGGACGCAUUCUGGCGAGCGCCCACACAUUUGUGAAUUUAGGAACUGUCAAAAGGCAUUUAGCGAUAGUUCAUCCUUAGCCCGUCACAGGCGUAUCCAUGCAGGGAAACAACCUUAUCUAUGCUUGGCAGAAGGAUGU